AUGGUUGCUUUAAGUCAGGAUUCCUGGGAUGGCUUCCCUUCCUCUUCGAGCCCCUUGCCGACUAUAUUCCUCCCAUCCAACCACCAAAAGAUCUACCGCCGGAGAAGUGACCGUGGCAACAGAUCAUCACCGGCGUGUAUGGCCACCCACCCACCCGUCUUGAAGAUUCAUGAUCGCGACGGAGUCGUGAACUGGAGAUUCCGACGCGACAAUGUUACGCAACCUCUGCCAGACGAUAUUCACAAAUGUCCCUAUGCGCACGCCAACGAUGCGACCGAGCUCAAAUAUAUGAAUAACGGAACUAGUGUUGAUGCCAUCUAUACUGUAGUGACCUUGCCCUCGUUAUCAACCAUCCCGGGCCCCCGACAAUCCAGCCACCGACAAGCUUACUACCCCCUACCGAGUAAUCUACUUGCUGUGGGUACCACUGGUCAGCGAGCCUGGGAUGGUAGUCUUGUCUAUAACGCCCGCGCCGCCAACGCCCUUUUUGCAAACCCUCUAAUUCUUCAAAAUAUGACCGGCCUACGUGCUAUACAUCGCUUGGUCUGGGAUGAACAAGGACAAAUGCUAUGGGCUACUGGCAUGGAUGCCGCAGCGGACGGCACCGAUCAAGCCCCUGCUUUUGGGACUAUUGUGGGAUACCUGGGAGUUUAG